GGUGCUAUCAGGAGUUUGGAAUUAAAUUGAAGAAAGCUGACCAAAACGGAAGUAAUGGGCCUAACAGUUAAUCAGGUACUUCCCGUUGCAAUCGGUGUGGUGGUGGUUGUCGUUGGUGCUGCAAUAGCGAACUAUCUGCUUAACAGCAAGAAAGGCAAACCUUCUUCCUCCUCAUCCGCUAAAGCAUCCGCAAAGGAACCCAAAACGCUGCUAGACCCACAGGAAAAGUAUAUGCUGCCACUGAUCGAGAAGGAAGAGAUUUCACACGACACUCGCCGCUUCCGAUUCGGACUGCCAAGUGAAAAACACAUUCUAGGAUUACCGAUCGGUCAGCACAUUCAUCUGUCGGCCACGAUCAAUGAUGAGCUUGUGAUCCGUGCGUACACGCCAGUAUCCUGCGACGACGAUCAUGGGUUUGUCGAUCUGGUCGUAAAGGUGUACAAGAAAAAUGUUCAUCCCAAGUUCCCGGAAGGUGGCAAAAUGUCCCAGUACCUUGAGGGCAUGAAGCUGGGGGACAAAAUUGCAUUCCGCGGACCGUCGGGUCGUUUGCAGUAUUUGGGCAAUGGACGCUUUUCGAUCAAGAAGUUGCGAAAGGAUCCGGCACAAAUUUACGAAGCAACACAAGUGAGCCUGAUUGCGGGUGGUACUGGUAUCACCCCAAUGCUUCAGCUGAUCCGAGAAGUACUGAAACAUUCCGAUAAGGAUAGCACCAAACUUUCACUCAUUUUCGCCAACCAGACGGAAGACGAUAUCCUCCUGAAGCCUGAACUGGACGAUCUUGCCACCCGAUAUCCGGAACAGUUCAAACUAUGGUACACGCUAGAUCGUCCCAAACCAGAAUGGACGCAAGGUAAAGGAUUCGUGACGGAUGAGAUGAUCAAGGAGCGGCUGUUCGAACCAUCCCCUUCAUCCCUGGUGCUCAUGUGCGGUCCACCACCGAUGGUGAAUUACGCGUGCAUUCCAGCACUGGAAAAGUUGGGCUAUCCGAUGGAGCGUACCUUCGCCUAUUAGGAG